UUAUAGUAACCAUAAAGAAGGAAGCCAUAGCCAAAUGUAAAGAGCUAAUUACCGCCAAAAACAUCAAUCCAUCAAAAAUGUACAGAAACGGCGUAAAUUGUCAAUUAUCUGCCAAACAAAACCAAAUUAUCUGACCACCCUUUCUAUAUUUAUUCAAAUAGAGACACUUACCCUCUUAUUCUCUCUGUCAAACAAGGGGCAUUUAUGCAAAUACUUCCAACACUUAUGUACCUUUCUGUACACAAAAACACAUAAAAUAUAAUACAAACACUGUCUCUCAUUUCAUCACCUUCAUCAUCAUCAUCAUCUGUGUAUAUAAUUGUCACAAAGUUUUAAUCUUUCUUGAUUAACAAGCUUUUUUAAAACUACCCUUAAAAGAAUUAAGAUUUUUUAAGACUGCCCUUUGAAAGAAUUGAGAUUUUUGGAGUGAUGGGUGGAUUAAAGGAGAGAUUUUGUGGGUUUGUUAAUAAUAGAUGGCUGGUUUUUGUGGCUGCAAUGUGGAUACAAUCUUGUGCAGGGAUUGGGUAUUUAUUUGGGAGUAUUUCACCUGUAAUUAAGAGUUCUUUGAACUAUAAUCAAAGGCAGCUGGCUAGUUUAGGUGUUGCUAAGGAUCUUGGGGAUAGUGUUGGAUUCUUGGCUGGGAGUUUGUCUGAAUUCUUGCCUUUGUGGGGUGCUUUAUUGGUUGGUGCUUUGCAGAAUCUUGUUGGGUAUGGUUGGGUUUGGCUUAUUGUUACUGGUAGAGCUACUGUUUUGCCUUUGUGGGCUAUGUGCAUUCUUAUAUUUGUGGGAAACAAUGGUGAAACCUACUUCAAUACAGCUGCUCUGGUUUCUUGUGUACAAAAUUUUCCAAAAAGCCGGGGUCCUGUAGUGGGAAUUCUCAAAGGGUUUGCUGGUUUAAGUGGUGCAAUUUUGACCCAAAUAUAUACAGUGAUUCAUUCUCCUGAUCAUGCAUCUCUUAUAUUUAUGGUUGCGGUAGGGCCGUUCAUGGUAGUCAUCGGUCUAAUGUUCAUUAUAAGACCUGUUGGAGGUCAUAGACAGAUUAGACAGUCCGACUAUUCAAGUUUUACUUUUAUAUACAGUAUAUGCCUUCUAUUAGCUGCUUAUCUGAUGGGGGUAAUGCUUCUCGAAGAUCUUGGUGACGUUAACCACACUAUGAUCGUUAUCUUUACAGUUGGUUUAUUUGUUCUCCUCAUACUUCCAAUUGUAAUUCCUAUUUCGUUGAGCUUUUUCCGAGAUUCUAUAGACCCAGCAGAAGAGACUCUACUGUCUCCGACCGAGAAACAAGAAGUUGGAAGAUCUGGUACUGAUACUCCCGAGGUCAUAAUGAGUGAGAUGGAAGAUGAGAAGCCGAACGAAGUAGACUUACUUCCAGCAUCAGAGAGGCAUAAACGAAUUGCUCAGUUGCAGGCAAAAUUAUUCCAAGCAGCAGCAGAAGGAGCGGUGAGGAUCAAAAGGAGAAGAGGUCCGCAUAGAGGUGAGGAUUUCACCUUGACGCAGGCAUUGAUCAAAGCAGAUUUUUGGCUUAUCUUUGUCUCACUUCUAUUGGGUUCUGGAUCUGGAUUGACCGUCAUUGAUAAUCUCGGUCAAAUGAGUCAGUCUUUAGGAUAUGACAAUACGCAUAUAUUUGUUUCUAUGAUCAGCAUUUGGAACUUUCUUGGCCGUGUUGGUGGCGGUUAUUUCUCCGAGAUCAUUGUGAGGGACUAUGCUUACCCAAGACCAGUAGCAAUGGCUCUUGCGCAAUUUAUAAUGGCAAUCGGGCAUGUAUUCUUUGCUUUUGGCUGGCCUGGUGCCAUGUACAUUGGUACGUUACUGAUUGGCCUCGGCUAUGGUGCUCACUGGGCGAUUGUACCAGCUGCUGCAUCUGAAUUGUUUGGACUGAAAAAAUUUGGGGCUCUCUACAAUUUCCUGACUCUAGCAAAUCCUGCUGGUUCACUCGUCUUCUCCGGUCUGAUAGCAAGUAGCAUAUAUGACCGAGAAGCAGAAAGGCAAGCUCAUGCGCAUAAUAUGCGGACUGCAGGAUCGCUCGUUUCAGGCUUGGUUGGUCUGGAUGAACCAUAUAAAUGUGUAGGUUCUGUAUGCUACUUCCUUACUUCCAUGAUUAUGUCAGGGUUUUGCAUCAUUGCCGUUAUGCUGAGCUUGUUUCUCGUGCAUCGGACUAAGGUAGUCUACGCACACCUCUACGGAAAAACCCGCACUUGAUUUUUCGAGGUCGAGCUUGAAUAGCUACAGUAGUUAUAUAUAUACACCAAGGAAGAUUUUUGUGACAUUCCAGUCAUGCUCAAAGAAACAGGGUAAAUCAUACUCCAGAGCAGUUCUAUUGUGAAGUCUCCAAUUCUUUUUAUUUUUAUUUUUUCAAAUUGUGAUGAUUUUUUAUUUAUGGUUUUGAAGUUGAAGUAUUUUGUAGAGUUUCCUCUUGUAUUUACAGAACCAAUUGAUGAUUCUGUUCCCUUUUUGGAUGAUCAGUAUAAGUUUGUACUUCUUUAGAUGUGAGACUAUGGUAAUUGCUAUUGUUUACCGCUGUAAAAUAUCACUUGUUUUGCCUCCA